ACCAUGGUCAACACAAGACAUUAUAUACAUACCAUACAAUAACAUAACCUAACGGAUACAUACCUAGUAGUAUCUACAAACUUUACAAACUAAUAAUAUUAACAUAUAAUUUUGAUAAUUGUUAAAGUAAUUAAGGAUAUGGCUGAUUUCAACGAUCUCCUGUUUCAAGCUGAAAAACUAGCUAAUGAUCUCGAAGGAAAUGAUGAAUUACCUAAAGUUGACCGUAGUCUACGACAAGUUUUAGAAGCCUCCAAUGAAUUGUACGCCCGUGUUGCCCAAUCAGGUGCACAAGAUAUUCAAGCUAAUUUGUUACUUGGUUCAAAAGGUAUCGAUUUGCCACAAAUCUCACAAAAAUUAGAGAAUUUAAUAUCUCGUAAAACUUUUGAACCACUUGAGCCAAUUGCCGAUUCUGAUAUCCAUACAUUUUUAAAGAAUGAAACAGAAAGCGCCAUUUUACGAAUUAUCUCCGAAGUUAACGAACGUACAUUGUCACAAGUUCAAGAACUUCAAUGGGAGUAUAUUGAGAAUGAAUGGGAUCAAGAGAAGUAUAAAUUGUUGAGCGCUAUGACUGGACCAUCGGAAGAAUUUUUGAAUUUAGAUAAAACACUCCGUACAUCCGUGUUACCUGAAGUACCAUCACCAUCUCCGCUAACCGUUGAAGAAACUUUAUUUGCAAAGGAAAUAUUUAAAUAUAAUAAAUUCGUUAUGGAGAAUAAUAAGAAAGUGUCUUUGGUUGAAUGUUUUGCAAAGAUAGCUAAAGACUUCCAAGAUACGAAAGUUAAUGAAAUGUGGGAUAUUCUAAGCUAUAUGCUGAAUAUUCCUCCAUUACCAAGAAGUAAAGAUCCUUUAAUAAAUCGUAGCACAGCACCUGGAUGUAACUUUAUCAUAAAGGCAGCUCGGACAUACUUAGAAGAUAGAUACAAAAUGUAUAUUAAUAAUGUUAUUACGGAGGAUUUACAAAAUGCACGACGUGGAGGUGUACCUGGAACUUAUCAUCUUGUGCGUAGUUUUGUUGGAUUACGUUUUCAUGGUGAUUAUCUAGGUUUACAAGAUGGUUUAAUUGAUGAUCGACCCUUAUGGCCAAUGAUCUAUUACUGUAUACGGUGUGGAGAUUUUAAGGCAGCCCUUGAAUGUAUCAAACAUGCUGGAAUGGCGUGUGAAGAACUUCAACCAAUUUUAGAGGAAUAUAGCAAAACCAGUGACUUAAAAAAGAUAAAUAAAUUAGAGCAAAUGAUUAAAAUUCAAUAUCGACGCAGUGUUCGUAACACUACGGAUCCAUUUAAACGUGCUGUUUACUGUAUAUUGGGAUGUUGUGAUGUCGCAGAUGAGCAUUCUGAAGUAGCACAAACUGCUGACGAUUAUUUAUGGUUAAAAUUAACUUUAAUUCGAGAGGAUGCUGAAGGUGAAAAAUUAACUUUCAGUGAUUUACAAACAACUGUUUUGGAAUAUUAUGGUGAAACACAUUAUCAAGCACAUAAACAACCCCACUUAUAUUUUCAAGUAUUAGCAUUAACUGGACAAUUUGAGGCAGCCAUUGAAUUUUUAUCACGUAUCGAACGUUAUAGAGUACAUGCAGUUCAUAUGGCAAUUGCCUUAAAUGAAAUUUAUUUAUUAGCUUUACCACGUGAUGUACAAUCUCCAUUAUUAUCGGAAGAUCCUGGCGAUCCCAAACCUGGUCGGCGAUUAAAUUUUGUACGUUUAAUUAUGUUGUAUGUACAUCGUUUUGAAAUUACAAAUCCAUCAGAAGCAAUUCAAUACUUCUUUGUUUUGAGAAACCUUGUUAAUCUUGAAGGACAAAAUCUAUUUGCAGUUUGUGUAUCCGAUUUAGCACUAGAAUGUCGUGAUUAUGACUUAUUAUUUGGAAAAAUUCAAAGUAAUGGUACCCGUUUGAAGGGAUUAGUGGAUCAAUUUAGUUCGAUUGGUAUCAAUACGCAAAUGAUUGCGGAAAUGGUAGCAGACCAAUUGAAUCAUAAGGGACUUUUUGAGGAUGCUAUUAAACUAUACGAUUUAGCACAUAAACAUGAACAAGUUCUAAAAUUAAUGUCUACAAUGCUAUCACAAGUUGUACAUCUUGCACCAGUACCUGGUUCAACGCGUGAACGUUUACAAAUUUUAGCAGAGGAGCUAGCUUUUCGUUAUGUGGGUGAUUCGUUUAAUUGUUCACGGCAAAUUUACACAACAUUUUAUAUAUUAAAAGAUUUACUCAACUUUUUCGAUCAUUAUCACAAUGGACAAUAUGUGUUAGCUUUAGAAGCAAUUCAAAAAUUACAAAUAAUUCCGUUAUCGAUGAAUGAAGUGGAUGAGAAAGUGAGCAAUUUUAAGAGUUUGGAGAGUGAAGUGUGUCGUGUAUUACCAGAUAUUUUGUUGGCUACUAUGAAUAUUUUAUAUCAUCGAUAUACUCACAUCGAUGAAGGUACAGAACAUUUGAAAGGACGUAUUGAUGAAACUGAAAAACUUGCACAACUACAUUUUCUACGAGAUCAAGCCAAAGCAUUAACGAGUUUUGCAGGAACAUUGCCAUAUCGUCUACCUGGUGAUACAAAUAUUCGUUUAGUUCGUAUGGAAAUUUUAAUGCAUUAAGGUUUUUUGUACUACUUUUUAUAUCAAAAU